AUGUGGGAGGCGAAGCUGGAGCCCAACGUCAUCAGCUGUAGUGCUGGGAUCAGCGUGUGCGAGAAAGGCAAGGAGUGGCAGCGGGCCCUGGCGCUGCUGAGCAAGAUGGAGGAUGCAAAGUUACGGCCCAACACCAUCGGGGACAGCGAUGAGACCAGUGCUUGCGAGAAGGGCGAGCUGUUGCAGCGGGCUUCGGUACAGCUGGAUGAGAUGCGUGGGACUACGCUCGAAUCGAGCGUCAUCACUGAGACACGCUCGAACGGCAAAGUCAAACCCGAAGAGGCUGAUCUGACAUUACACGCGAGCGCUGGAACCACAGAUGAUCCAGCUAGGUGUAUCGGACAUGCUCGCAAUCGUGUGUGCCCCACAGGAGUCCACGUUCUCAAGCGUCGUAACGGAAGCAAGCGUACAUAUAGCACCAACCAUGUACGACGUGGCAGUGUAGUUACCACAGCUGAGGUUGCUGUCUCGCAGCAGUGGAUUCGCAAACGAUCCCCUGGCAACGUAGAGGAUGCUGCGGGCGUUGGCGCUGUGGGUGGCCUGACCUUCUUCACCGAUGUCGUGAAGUCUCACGUUGACGAAAGCGGCACCCUCACCAGGAUAGAUUUUCGCGAAGUGAAGCCGGGCGUCUCUACUGACCACAUGAAGCAGGCUAUGGGUGCGCUGUUCUUUAUCAGUUGGGCCAUCCGAGAGCGCCCACCACCGGUUCCGACGAAGCUCUUCCUUGAUUUACCAGAAGAUAUACAUGAAGAGGUACGUCACUGCUUUGAGUCACUGGGUGUUGAGAUUUGCGUAUGGCCAGAUAUGCCGACAUCAGUGGCAGCAUCUCCACCUGCGGAGCCCAGGGCAAGGAGGGCGAGCAGUGACAGCGGGCUUUAG